CCAACAUCCCUUGAGAGAUUAGACCCGGCCAGUGCCGGCCACUUCUCACGUUUGCCAAGGCUCGGAAUCAUCCUCCUGAAUCCCUUUUCUCCAAUCACAACUUAAUCACAUGAAAAUCACCAUAAAAUGGGAGGUUCGGAUAUUUUGAGAGAGUUCCCUUCUUGCAUUUCCCCUUGAGAGCAUCAGUCGAGAAAAGAUGGGAAAGCAAUUCCAUCUCCCCGCGACCGACCUCACCCGCUGGCGUCUUCACAGUCACGAAGGGGACCAUGAAUGGCGUUACCUCGAUGACAAGGAAGUCUCCAAUGGCAGCACGCGACCACAGACCUUUGCAGAGCGGUACCUCCUCGGGUUGACAUCGCCAUCAUCAACACCAACGCCCCCAUCCCACAACAAUAACACCACCAAACCACCAACCCCAUCAACAUCGCCAGCAGCAGCAAACCCCAAAUCCCCCUUCACCCAACCCGCCCUCGAUGGCUUCCACUUCCUCACCCACCUGCAGCUCCCCGAAGGGCACUGGGCGUGCGACUACGGCGGGCCGAGCUUCCUGCUUCCCGGGCUGGUGUUUGCCAUGUACGUGACGCGCACGCCCGUGCCGGCCGCCUGGCGCGUCGAGAUGACGCGCUACCUGGCCCGCCGCGCCAACCCCGACGGCGGCUGGGGCCUGCACCUCGAGGGCCGCUCGACCGUGUUCGCGACGGCGCUGUAUUAUGUUAUGUUGCGGUUGUUGGGGAUGGAGAGGGGCCAUCCCCUGGCGGAGCGGGCGAGGGAGUGUUUGUUGGCGUUGGGUGGUGCGACUGGUCUGCCGCAAUGGGGCAAGAUUUGGCUUUCGUGCUUGAACUUGUAUGAGUGGGAUGGCGUGAAUUGCAUCCCUGUUGAUCUUUGGCUCCUCCCAUCCUGGCUCCCAUUCCACCCUUCGCGGUGGUGGGUACAAUGCCGCGUGGUGUAUCUCCCAACCUCGUAUCUCUGGUCAAACCGCUGCACGGUGCCCCUAGAUGACCUGCUCGCCGAGAUCCGGGAGGAGAUCUACACGGCGCCGUAUUCGACCGUCGACUUCCGCCGUCACCGCAACACGGCGGCGCCGUCCGACACCAUCCGCUCCGUAUCCGGCCUCCUGGUCUUCCUCUUCUCCAUCCUAGCAUUCUGGUGCAACUACCUCCGCCCGCGCUGGCUCCUGCGCAUGGCCAACCGCCGUGUGGGCGAGCUGAUGCGGCAGGAAGAGCGCAACACCGACUUCAACUGCCUCGCGCCCGUCAACAAGGCCUUCCACAUGGUGUGCGCCCUGUACGAAGACGGCCCGGACUCGGAGCGCCUACGCCGCCACCGCGAGCGCCUCGCCGUGUACCUCUGGCUGGGCCCGGACGGCAUGACCAGCGGCGGCACCAACGGCGUGCAAUUGUGGGACACAGCCUUCGCAGUGCAGGCGGCGGUCGAGGCCGGGCUUGCGGAUGACCCGGUCGUGCGCGAAUCCCUGAGCAAGGCGCACCACUUCCUCGACAUCACGCAGCUGCGCGACGACCUCGACGACCCCUUCCGCCAGGGGCGCAAGGGCGGGUGGCCGUUCAGCACCAAGAGCAACGGCUACGUGGUGUCGGACUGCGCGGCCGAGGGGCUCAAGGCGGUGCUGAUGCUGCAGAAGGAGUGCGGGUUCCCGGCGCUGAUCAGCGACGCGCGGCUGGGCGACUGCGUCGACACGCUGCUGCGGAUGCAGAACGGCGACGGCGGCUUCGGCAGCUACGAGCGGACGCGCGGCUCGCGCCUGCUCGAGCACCUCAACCCGGCCGAGGUGUUCGACGACAUCAUGAUCGAGUACUCGUACGUCGAGUGCACGACGGCCGUGCUCACCGCGCUGGCCCGCUUCCGCGCCCACCUGCCGGGCCACCGGGCCCGCGACGUCGAGGCGGCCAUGCGGCGGGCCGCGGCCUUCGUGGCGGCGCGCCAGCGGCCCGACGGCGCCUGGUACGGCUCGUGGGCCAUCUGCUUCACGUACGCGACCUUAUUCGCCGUGCAGGCCUUCGAGGCGCGCGGCCUGCAGCACGGCUCCAGCGAGGAGGUGCGCCGGGCGUGCGCCUUUUUGCUGGCCAGGCAGCGCGACGACGGCGGCUGGGGCGAGCACUACUCGUCCUGCGUGGAGAAGCGCUACGUCGAGCACGAGACCAGCCAGGUCGUCAACACCGCGUGGGCUGUCAUGGCGCUCAUGCAUGCUGGCUAUCCCGAUCCGGAGCCCAUCGAGCGGGGCCUGAAGCUCAUCGCCGACCGGCAGCAACCAAGUGGCGAGUGGCUUCAAGAGGGCGUGGAGGGCGUCUUCAACAGAACUUGCAUGAUCGGCUACCCCAAUUAUAAACUCUACUUUCCGGUGAUGGCGCUGGGCGCGUACUCCCGCAUGUACCUCCCCAAGAUCCAGAAUCGAGGUUAGAGCGGGAGCAAGUUAUACUGUAUUAUAUCACUUUGUGUUAUGCCGUAAUAAUCCUGCUAGCCUGGAAAGAGAAAUAAGGGUUUCGAACACCUAUUUACCGGGGCGAAAAUGAGGUUGCAUGUUUGUAUUUCAAUACAUCUACUGUGUAACUACCCUCAACGUCAACAUGAUGUCAAGAUGGCAUGACCGUACCUCGAUGCAUCUCUAGUAUAUUCCCACAGUAUGUCCUCGGAUCUUAUGUGAGGAGAGGUGUGAGAGAGCCCGAAGUGUUUGUCACUCACUGGUUUCUGGGCCAACCGGCUCCAAUUGCUCUUGGCAAGACGAACAGGUCUGCCAAGCCUGCUCUUCUCCAUGUGUGCUGACCAAGCAAAAAUAAGGGAGAGCGAGCGCCCGCCCGAGUCGCCUCCCCCAUUGAUGUCAUGAUGCUUAUGUCCCACAGCGGGGCUUCACCGCCU